UUGAACCUACUGCAAUAGAAACUAUAACUAGAACUCAAGACUAAUUAUAUGCUUUCCAAGAGCAGUGGUUGCUAAAACAAGUUAAUAUAGAAAAUUUGCAAAAACAAAGUAGCCGCACAAUGAACAUGGACAAAUGGGUACAACUUAACAACCAAGCAGCGGGAAGGGAUAAAAUUGCCCGCUUAAUACAAUACGCCUCACGAGCAUUAUGGGAUUCUUUGGAAUCGGCUGAUAUGCGUCCCGGCAUGGUUGAAGAUUUCAAAUCUCUAGAGUAUAUUUUGAGUACAUUCCGCAAAUUAUUACGUUUUGGCAAAUGUUUGGAUGUUUUCUAUGGCAGCUUGCGCACUAUUCACUAUCCGGAUUUGGCUAUACGUGUUACCCUAACAAUGAGUAAAAUUUCCCAGGCCUUGUUCCUAUUUGCCGACCACUUUUUAUGGCUAGCACGAACUGGACUUUUUAAAAGUAUCGAUGCCAAGAAAUGGGGCAAAUAUGCCAACAAAUAUUGGUUACUUUCAAUCAUCAUGAAUUUGUGCCGUGAUGUUUAUGAGAUUUUCCGUUUAAUAGAUCUUCACAAGGCCGGUGCUAAGAGCGGCAUCUCACGCUCUAUUCCUGUACGCAUAAAUUCUCCUAAAGAUUUCUCCCGCUUGGCUUUGCAUUCGUACGGCUUAGUUUUAGGCCACAGAGAUGUAUUUGUCGACACUGUUAAGAAUGUCUGUGAUUUCUUUAUUCCUUUGACAGCGUUGGGCUAUACCAAGCUGACGCCGCGUACAAUCGGUAUUCUAGGGGCAAUAUCCUCAAUGGCUGGUUUAAUAGCAUUGAUAGAGCCAAAAGCCAAAUUAACACCAGCUUAGAGGAAUACAACUUAUUUAUUUAACAUUUCUCUUAAUUUAAUGUUAUUAUAUUGAACAAAAUAUUGUUUUUAGUUUUUAAAAAAAUACACUUUAUUCAUAUAAGAAUAAAAUAAAUAUUUUUAUAUAAAAUAAAAAA